AUGGAAACCUUGUGUGUCAAACUACCAUGUUCUUCAGAUACUUCAAGCAUCUCAGCCACCUCGGAGGAUGAAACUCAAAACAACUCCGGCGAAGGCGAAAACACGACGAUGACCGCCGCCUCCAAACUGAAAGAGAAGGUGUUCGUUAACGUCCAACGGUUUCAUGAGCAACCGAAAUCAGGGUUUCGUCUUUCACUGAAUGACAAGUUCUCCGAAGAUGAAUCGGUCGAACUCAAGCUUUCUUCGUCGAAGCCGCAGUCCUCGAAAGCUAGGGCAUUCACGUGUGGUUUCUGCAGCAAGGAGUUCUCGACGUCUCAGGCGUUGGGAGGGCAUCAGAACGCGCAUAAACAGGAACGGGCGAUCGCCAAGAGACGUAAAGAGACCGACUUAGGGGUUUUGGGACCUUUGGGUCAUGCUCAAUAUCCUUAUUACUCGUAUUCGAGCCUGUCUCCAGUCUCUUUGUAUGGAUCUUUUAAUAGGUCUCUUGGGAUACGGAUGGAUUCUUCUUCCAUGAUAUUUCAAAGGCCUGCAACAGUUCCGGGUUAUCAAUGGAACUCACUCGGCUAUCGUUUCGGUCAUGGCGGCAUCGUGAUGGAUAGUUUCCAGGCUCAAAAAAGCAGCGGCUCGACGACUACAUCUAUGUCCAUGGCUGCAGCUUCGAGUGUUGGAAAAGCAAAAAUACCGAUGACAAGCAAUCUUCAUAUACCAAAAAGUGAGGAUGAUGAUUCCGGGCUUGAUUUGUCUCUUAAGCUUUAA